ACUAACUCUUGGAAGUAGAAGAAAGGAAUCAUGAGAGCUGUAACUAUUGUGGGUGCAGCUCUACUGCUAUGCCUGCUGGUGGUUAAGGGUUCUUUUGGGACUGGUCCCCGACUAGCUUAUGCAGGAGCUCCUAUUGGUGGUUUCAAUGGUGGAAAUGGCAACAAAGGGUACAUCAGGUACAACAAGAAUGGCUACCAAAACUACGGAUAUAGAAACAGAUACAACAAUGGUUACGGCAACUUCUACGGUUACCCAUACUACAACUACGGCUACCCGUACAAGUAUGGAAAGCCGGCAUGCGGCCGAUUCCAAUCGUGCCCUCCGGGAUACUACUUUAACACUCAGGGCUGCGUCUGCGUCCCACGUGAUGCAUCCCCUCAACCUCCACCUGGACCACCACCACCUCCAGGUCCAAUUUUUGGACCACCUCCUCCAGGUCCAAUUCUUCCUCCUCCUCUCCCUCCUUCCCCUCCCACACCACCGCAGCAGGAAUGCAAUCUAGCGGCAUCCAGCUGCGUCAACAUCCAGCGCCUCAACCUGGAUACCUGUGCAUGUGAUUGUCUCGCCUUUGUCCUCGUCACCCCUGGGAGGCCUGCCAUCCCUGCCGUGCGUGGCAGAUUCGAGGAAUCCACUGGGAGGAGCCGAACCACCACCAGAGGCACCAAAAGCACUAAGGGAACCAAACGAAGGGGCAGGGAUGCUGAGGACCUACUAGAAGAUGAAAUAGAUGAAGGACGUUUCAAGCGCCGUAAGAGCCGUAGCAGAAGCGGGAGCAAGAGCCGCGGGAGCAAGAGCCGCGGGAGCAAGAGCCGCGGGAGCAAGAGCCGCGGGAGCAAGAGCCGCAGCAGCAAGAGCCGCAGCAGCACUAGCAGGCGUCGGGUGUUCAUACCAGGCCGACAGGGUGUCCCUGCCGUUCCUCCCUCAAGGAGACUUGUCUCCGAGUGCCCGUCAGGAUACCAGCCCAAUCCAGACACCUGUGUCUGCCAGGGCUAGGCUGCAGGACACUCUCACCUUGAGAGAUAUUGCAACACUGACAUUAAAACUAGCAUACUUGAGACAAACUUUGAUUAAUGCGCAUUUUGA